CAAUUCCGCCCACGAGAAAUAGUUUCAGUGGCCCCUUUCACCAUUCACACAAGUCCAGGUUCUCUUCCUCAACUCUUUUCUCUCUUGUUCUCCUUUUCUCCCCCCCUAUAUCUUUUCAAUAGAACCAAAUUCAAAAGCGGCCUCUACUUCUCUUAACAUCCUUAACUUUCAAACAAACCACCAUAACUCCCACAAUUCCACUUCAUGAGGUCCAAUAACUGACAACACUUACCAAAACAGUUUUUUUUUAUUUAUCAAUAUUCUCCUAUUUCAAAGAAUUCAAAAUUAAUCCGAUGGAAAUGGAGAAUAUUCCGACGGGUUUCACCUACUUAGGCCGGAAUUUUAGCGACCUGAACAUCAAUGACAACUCCUCCUCCGCCUUCAGCGACUGCAAUAGCGACAGGUCGGGCGAGUUCUCGUCCGCAACAUCGGAGAGCCGCCGUAGGCUCUGGCUCUCUUGCGCCGGCGCCGCCGACGAUUACUCUGACGAAAUUAUUCCUCAAUUGGUAUCCGGCUUAGAAUCCUCCUCUGUCGAUGACCAGAAACAAGCCGCCAUGGAAAUCCGGCUCCUAGCUAAAAAUAAGCCAGAGAAUCGGCUCAAAAUCGCCCGAGCCGGCGCCAUCAGGCCACUUAUCUCUCUCCUAAAUUCAUCCGACUCUCAGCUUCAAGAAUACGGCGUCACAGCGAUUCUGAAUCUCUCUCUUUGUGACGAAAACAAGGAUCAUAUUACGUCAUCCGGUGCAAUCAAGCCGUUGGUUCGAGCCCUUAAAACAGGGACAUCCACGGCGAGAGAGAACUCCGCGUGUGCGCUUCUGAGGCUAUCACAGGUGGAUGAGAAGAAGGCCUUGAUCGGACGGUCAGGAGCGAUUCCGGCUUUAGUAGAUCUAUUAGAGAACGGAGGAAUUAGAGCUAAAAAGGACGCAUCCACAGCGCUUUACUCUUUAUGCUCCAUAAAAGAAAACAAGAUCAGGGCCGUUGAAUCAGGGAUAAUGAAACCGUUGAUUGAAUUGAUGGCGGAUUUUGGGUCCCACAUGGUUGAUAAAUCAGCGUAUGUGUUAAGCUUAUUGGUGGCGUUGCCGGAGGCAAGGUCGGUGUUGGUAGAGGAAGAGGGGAUUCCGGUGUUGGUGGAGAUAGUGGAGGUUGGGUCUCACCGGCAAAAGGAGAUUGCGGCAGCAAUUUUGCUGCAAUUAUGUGAAGAUAGUGUUGUUUAUAGGACUAUGGUGGCGCGUGAGGGUGCUAUUCCGCCGUUGGUUGCUUUGUCUCAGUCGGGUACUAGCCGCGCCAAGAGGAAGGCGGAGACAUUGAUUGAGCUUCUACGGCAACCAAGAUCCGGCAACGCCGCUGCCAGAGAUAUUUGAUUACUGUCUUUUAUUGUCCCACAUGCUCUGCGUCCUCCUCACCCGACCUUCCAUAUUCUCCUUUUCUAAUUCUCUCCCCCGCGUCCUCUAUUUCACUUUUUUUUUAAAGCGUUUUUGGUAGAGACUACGUUUCUGUAUGUGUGUAUUUAUUUUCUUUUCGCUUUAAGUCGUGAUAUUUUCACAUAGGUUUUUUUUUCUUGCUUUGGGGUGAGGACGAGUCGAAAAAGAGUCCAAGGGUUCGUGUUUGAUGCGUGUAAAUACGCUUGUAAAAGUUGUUUUGAAAUAUAUAUGAUCAAUAGUCAGUCUAUAUCUUAGAUGGAGUGAUGAGAGGAAAAAGAAGAAAACCAUAGAAGAAAGGAAAGGAAAGGAAAGGAUUAGUGAAAGUAAAAAGAAACAGAACCAGAAACAACAGUGUAAAUAGUUUGUUUCCAUGUUUGUAAAGCUAAAGAGCAAAGAAAUUAUGAGAGAUGUUUGGAGUCUCCUUUUCUUUUAUUUUA